AUGGUGAAUCACAUCACCAGCUCGACUGGUUUUAAUGAGCACAAUUAUUCAACCUACAGAAAUUCAUUUCCGAAUCGAGAGAAAGAAGAAACACAUUUUUGUACAGCAAAUUCAUCCUACUCUAGAAAAUCUUUAUCUCAAAAUUCCAAUCUAGAUAGAGUCGUUCGCACAGAAAUUGAGCCUCAAUCCAUGAUUAACUCUCAAUUUUUAACGCGAGAAUUACUCUCUCAAUUUGAACGUUAUUGCCAUCAAAUUGAACAACAUUAUUUAUUCAAAAAGCAACACCUAAUGAUGACGAUGGAACAAACAAAUCCUUCCUUUCAAACCUCAGAACACGUAAAAAAUAUUUCAAAAACCUCCAAGCAUUCAUCAUUGUCAACAGCAAAGUCCAUUUCUCCAACCAAAUAUGGAGAGCAGCACCAUUCAACCAUUACAACCCAUACAAACUCAACCAUCCAUCGACAAAACAUUUCCAUUGUGGUUGGAAUGAGUGGUGGUGUAGAUAGUUCACUUACUGCAUGUCUCUUAAAAGAAUUUGGAUUUAAUGUAAUGGCUCUUCAUAUGAGAAAUUGGGAUUCUGCUGAAGAAGAUCCAUCUAAACAAUUUUGUACAUUUACCAAGGAUUGGAACGAUGUAAAAACAAUGUGUGACAAGUAUCAAAUACCAUUAGUGGGUGAUGGAAUGCAUCCAGUAGAGUUUAUUGAUGAGUAUUGGAAUGAUGUAUUUGAAAGAUUACUUGAUGGAUAUAUUCAAGGACAAACACCAAAUCCAGAUCUCUUUUGUAACAAAUUUAUCAAAUUUGAUGCCAUGUUGAAGUAUGCACAAGAGAAAUGUGGAGCUGAUUAUAUUGGUACAGGACAUUAUGCUCAAAUUGGUUAUGAACAUGCAAGUGGUUGUAACGCUACUACGACUAUGACUCCUCAUACGACUAUGACUAAUAAGACGACUCCUCCUCCUCAUACGACUACGACUCCUCCUCAUACGAUCAUUCCGAAUAUUCCCGCCACUCAUCUACUGCGCGCCAUUGAUCACUCCAAAGAUCAAAGUUAUUUUUUAGCCUUUGUCAACAAGCAUGCCUUUCAUUCAAGUUUAUUUCCUCUUGGUGGAUUUCUAAAAACAGAUCAUGUUCGUUUACUUGCAAGAGAUUAUUUUAAAUUUCCAAAUGAAUUAUGGAAUAGAAAGGAUAGUGUUGGAAUAUGUUUUAUUGGAAAACGAAAGUUUAAAGAUUUUUUAUCUAAAUAUAUUAAUAUUACACCUGGAAAUAUUAUUUCUAUAGUAGACAAACAAACUAUAUUAGGAAAGCAUGAUGGAAUAUCAUUUUAUACGAUUGGACAAGGUAUUGGAUUAUCUGGAAUGAAGGAUAAGUGGUUUGUGUGUGAAAAAGAUACUCGAAAUAAUAUUUUAUAUGCCUGUCCUGGAAAUGAUCAUUAUUCAUUGAUGAAAUCUGAAUUUUCAAUAUCAAACUGUCAUUGGUUAGAAGAUGUGACGUCUGAAUCAAAUGAAGACAACAACAAGGACUAUUAUGUCAAAGUAAGGUACAACCAAAAAGAACCAUUUGCAUGCUCCAUUGAGAAAAUUGAAAAUGAUAAAUACAAAAUUGUGUUAAAAGAAGAACAAGCAAGAGCUAUUGCACCUGGUCAGGUAGCAGUAUUGUACAAGAGAAUGAAUGAAUUUCCUGAAAUGGUUUGUGUAGGAGGAGGAAUUUAUUAA